UGUGCGAAAUGCGCACGGUCGAUUAAUUUGAAACUUAGUGUUAUAUCAAUAUAUUUACAACUAAAACCUAAACUAUGACGUGAAUACUUUAUAUAAAUUGAAUUAAGCUCCACCGCUUAUAAAUUAGUAUUUUCUUUUAAUGGAUAAGUGAAGUAAAGUCGUGAAAAUGUUCAAUUACAAGUAUUUGAGUAAAGACCACUUGGAGGGUUUCGAUAAUUAUAAGUAUAUGGCGAUAGACACGAGCCCCCUCAGUGUCUAUGUUAUGCACCCGUUUUGGAACAAAGUGGUCGAGUUAGUACCCCGCUGGGUGGCCCCGAACCUGCUCACAUUCCUCGGGUUCCUUCUCACCGUGUUCGAUUUCGUUCUUCUCUCGUGGUACGACUACUCAUACACGGCCGCCAGCACCAGGAACGAGACCAUAGUGGAGUUGGGCGAGCGGCCUGAGGUCAUACCGCAGUCACUGUGGUACUUCUUAGCAGUGUUUCUAUUCCUUGCUUACACGUUAGAUGGUAUCGACGGCAAGCAGGCUCGCCGCACGCAGACCUCAGGCCCGCUGGGGGAGCUGUUCGACCACGGGCUGGACUCUUACUCGGUAUUCUUCAUCCCGGCCUGCCUCUACUCCAUCUUCGGCUGUAUGGACUACUCCGUCAAGCCUAUCAGAAUGUACCACAUAAUGUGGAACAUCCUCCUCAACUUCUAUCUCAGCCACUGGGAGAAAUACAACACGGGCGUGCUGUUCCUGCCGUGGGGAUAUGAUUUCAGCAUGUGGGCGUCAACAAUAUUCUUCCUGUGGACCGGACACGCGGGGACAGCGUGGUACAAGCGGUACCUAGUGGGCGGGUACACACUCGCUGAUGGCUUCGAGUGGCUGGUCUAUGCCACCGGCGUGUUCACCAACCUGCCCGUGGCGGUCUACAACACGUAUCAAUCAUACAAGCUCCGCACGGGCAAGAUGCGCUCAUUCACAGAGGCCCUCCGGCCACUGUGGUCCCUACUGACAGUAUUCACAGUGUGCAGCGUGUGGGUGCACUACUCACAGCGACUGCCGGACCACGACCCCAGGAUGCUGUUCCUGCUCAUCGGAACACUGUUCAGCAAUGUCGCUUGUCGCCUAAUAGUCAGUCAGAUGUCCAACCAGCGCUGCGACGCGAUCAACUGGCUUCUGUAUCCACUGGUGCUGUGCGCCGCAGUGGGACUCGCGUUACCGCAGCACGAGCUGACUGCGUUCUACGGCGUCACUGUGCUGGCUGUGUUGGCGCACAUACAUUAUGGGGCCUGUGUGGUUCAGCAGAUGUGUGCGCACUUCCGAAUAAACUGCUUCCACAUAAAGAAGCGAGCCGAUUGACUCUUAGACGACAAUGCGUGUUAGUAACAACAUCACACAACAUACAUAUCCAUUACAACACUUGAACACUCUGCUCCAACUGUUCAGUACUAGAGACAUUUUAAUGUUAGUCCGCCUUUAGUUAACUCUGUUCUGAAUCGACCUUGUCAAUUAAAGUAAGGACGCUGGGCACGGAGAAUUUCGUACAGGUCAAUUCACAAGAGCAGGCACGAAUGGAAUGAAUGAAUGAAUGAAAAUAUCUAUGUGUGUUACAGACAUAGAAGGUAGGAUCCUAUAGAAGUGGCCUACCGCGUACGCCCGUGAGGGACAGAACAUACGCAAUGCGACAAUAUGAUUGGUCGAGUUGAUUUGUAGCCCACCAUAAACCAUACAACGGUGGGGAAUUAAAAAAAAUGUGAGGUACCGAUACAGGUACAGUCAAAGGCAUAAAUAUGUAUACAUUCCCAAAGUUUCAAAAAUAUGUGUACGCUCUUACACCUUAGACAAUAAAGUCGUGUUCACAUAUUUUUGAGCAAUUUGUCUGGAUUGAUAUUUUUGCCGUUGACUGUACUCAUACAAUGAAAGUUUCGUUCAUUCCAUUCGUGCCAGCUUUCGAGAAUCAACCUGCACAUUGACCCGCCAUUUCCUAUUUUAUCGCACGGGCAUUAAUAUCGUACGCGCACGGUGGCAUUGAUCGCGGGCAAUAUCAUUCAUCGUGGUAGCGUCCUUACUUUAGGAUCAGAUGUUUAACCAGCAACCAUAUUUAUCACAAAUUAAACACUGGCUUCACAGAUGUAAAGGCGAAUGGGGUUAUGUGCUUUCAUAUCAAAAUGUACCUUAUGUCGUUAGUUUAGGGUGCAUUUUUAUAUGACAAGCCACAUAAAGAGAUAGUGACGAGGUGAUAGUAGCUUACGUGUUAGUUUUCACUAUAUUGGUAAAAAAUGAUGACGUCAGGAUCUAGUAUAUUUCAACCAUUACCGAUAUGAGUACCGUUUUCCAGGCCGCACCAAUCUACAAGGUUUACCCAAAAAAAUCAAAUAUAUUCCAAUCAAACUUUGAUGACUCAUUUGAAAAGACACAUUUUUCGAAAGUGCAAUUGAAGUUGAACCUUAAAUCGGAAUGCUAAAGUUGAAAUUCUAUUAGCGCGUAAGUGGUCGAUUAAUCAUAUUAUGGCUGGAAAAAGGUUAAGUGAUACACCUACGAUGAUUCUUAGAUAGGUUUUUUAUUUAUUUAUUUAUUUUAUUUUGACGUUUGAGCUACAAUCACUGUAGUAUAGGUACUAGUUGGAGUAUUUGUAUUAUGUUGUUAAUUAUGCAUAUGUUGUUCUCCCUGAUGUUUUGUUACGUGAAGAUUAUGCACAGUGCUCUUCAAAAAUCAAUUUAAACAGUACAUGGACUGCUUAUAAUACGCUGAAAUGUACUUUAUUCAUAUCAUAUAUUAUGUACUGUUUUCUUAUCUUACCCUAAUUUGGUAUUUCAUGCAGUCAAAAGUGGCUAAGCAGGCUAGGUGCUCAAAUUUCUCUAAACACACUCUUAGGGCCACUUGCUUCAUCCCCUAACCCGCGGUUAACCGGUUAAACCUGAAGUUACCAUGGUUACCAGUACAAUUUGACACUGGGUUAACGGUUUAACCGCUUAACCCCGGGUUAGUGGAAUGCAAGUGGGCCUUAUUCUGUUAAAAAUAAAGUUGUGUUUAGAUUAUUUUCAACACACCAUCCGUUUAGUUACUUUUAUCAUCAUAUAUUUUAACAAAAUUUUCUUCUUGUGCAUAUAUUUUCUUAGUGUUUGUAACACGCAUUGUCUAUUUUUAUUUUAUAUCGCUUUUUAUAGCUUGUGUUUUACAUUAAUCUUAUUAUACAUUAUCUUUUAUUUAACAUUAAAUUAUUUAAUCUAACUAAUGUUUAUUGUACAGUUGAGAUCUGCAUAUUAUCAAAUAGGUUGAUGAACUUGACUGUACUAAAACAGAAUUAUUCUUAUAAUUAUAAGUAGUACGUAUUUCAAUAUUGUAUUCAUAUACCCAAUUGUAACAUUUAGUAUUAUGUUAAAGAUCUAACAGUGUAUUAACCUUUAUUUUAAGCCAGCUUCAAGUCAUUAUUGUUAAGUUUGGGAGCUAUUCAUACGUAGUCCUUUGGUAAUAGAAAUGUAUAGUAACGAAAUGGAAGGCAUUAGUUGGAGAGACAGGAUAACGAAUGAGGAGGUGCUAAGAAGAGUGAGUGAAAGAAGAGCUAUUCUGAACACUAUUGCAAAUAGGCGCGGGAAAAUGAUUGGACACUUAAUACGACACGACUACUUCUUUAAAACUAUCCUGGAGGGGCGGAUAGGAAGGAAGCGGGGUAGAGGAAAACCCAGACGCAGCUUUUUAGAUCAAGUGAAAGAAAAAGUAGGGGCCGUGUCGUAUCAAAAAGUCAAAGAGCUGGCGUGGGAUAGGGAAAGCUGGAAGAUACUCCACCGACAAGAGAAUAACUUAAGUUAAUGAUGAUGAGUAACGACUAUUAAUUCAGUGGCCAUAUUUAUAAGGCCUAAUUUAAAAGAUAUACAGGCUUUUGAGACCAAAAAGAUACGGCAUAGAUUCAGUGUAAUUUUAGAUUUGACACAGUAACACAAAUCUUAAAUGAACACCCCUCCAAUAUAUGUUUAUGCUUACAUCUACAGAACGGACGCUUAGCACAAGGAUAGAGAUAGGAACAGGCGGGUCAAUUUACGAAAUUCUACGUGACAAGCGUCCCUUCUUUAGUCAUCGUCGUCGAUUAGUAAGGAAUGUUAAUUUCAGGAUGUGCUUUAUUCUACUUGUGUUAUGAAUUGCUCCGUACCUAGUAUUUUGUUACUUGUAUUUCUUUGGUACCUCAUUUGUACUAAGUGUACUAACCGUAUUUGUAUUUUGUGUUUAAACACUUGUAAGUAUUUCUUAGUAUUCUUAUUUAUUUACCAAUCGUUGUUAGUGCAACUGUGUUUUUAUAACGUAUAAGUUAUAAUCUAAGUUCAACACUGGCCUAUGAAAAGUAUACUAUGAAAGUUAUUUAGGCAGAGGGUUUAAUACAAAUGUGAUAAUUAUCCAAAUAUGGAAAACACUUUCAAUAUUUGUAUAAAAACAUAAAUAGCUAUAUACUUAACUGAAUCAAUUAUACUAUUCAUAGUGUAUUAAUAAUUUACUUUAAAUUAUCGCAUUUCGUAUUUAAAUAGUUUCAUUUUGUUUAAUACUUUAAAAGGCACUCAAUAUUGUAUUCACUAUAGGUAUUUCAUGUCCAAUUUUAUGAGAUGAAAGUACAUUUUUUUGUUUGUCUGCAUUUUUGGGAUGUAAUGAUUUAUAUUAACUACAAUGGUGUUGGCAACUGUCAAAGGUUUGUAUAGAUGGCGCCAUCAUAGCUCGCCCAUUUUUCUAUGAGAUUUGGCUUAAAGGGCUGGCAUCCAGGCCAUAAAAUUCCAAAAAAACGAAAUUUGACUCAAUUCUAGUGAUUGAACGGGCAAACUAUGCUGGCGCCAUCUGCUUAAUACUUCGAUCCGCCAACCCCAUUGUGAAUGAUCUUUUAUUCUUGACUAUUAGCAUUGUAUCUUGAUUUUAUAAUACUCUUUCGUGAUUUAGUUUGUGAUAUGUUUGUGUAAAUAGUUUGACUGAGUUAAAGGCAAUGCAACACAGUGAAAAUUAAAAUGUUGUAACUUGGUGAAGUCACAUGCCUGACAAAAUGAAAGAUGUAGUGAAUAACUGUAUGAUAUCGAAUGUUUUCUUCAAUAUGAACAUUUGUAGUAUCGCUAGCAGACGUAUCUGCUUGAUAAGAAAUAAUUUAGUAUAAAUGAUAUCGUUUUACCACCGACGCAAAAAAAUAGUGUUAUAAGUUAACAUGUGUGUCUGUGUUGCAUCGUAGCUCCCAAACGGAUAAACCGAGUGAAGUGGAGCGUUCGUUAAAAAAUACCUACAAUCGUUCUUAGAUAGCCUUUUAACUAGAUAUCGCGGUUAUAAUUUUGUCAAGGGUAUCUACAGUAUUUUAAAUCUCUCUAAUGUAGUUUAAGACUUCUGUGAUUUCACUACAUCUGUCAAAUUACAUACUACAUAAAUAUCUAUCGCUAUAUCGUAGAAUAUAAUAAUGUAUGUAUGGUUUCUGAACUCUAGUUUCAUACUAGUAUGUAUCGAAUCGCUAGUAUUAAUAUCAAGUGCCUCACGAGUGAAUGAUAUUUUUGUCACGUAAUGUUAUUCUAAAUCACACUUUUGACAGGUCUUCGUUAUGUUGAAACAGGGCGUUUACAACAUUGACAUUCGCGUUAUGAUCCUCGAUGACCGACGUUCAACUACGUACGUAAUUACCCUGCUUAACCUUUUGGACGCCAAUGACGGAUAUAUCGGCACCGCAAGUCCAACGCUAAAGACAGAUUAAUCCGUCACAGACCACAGAGCAACAUAGACCUACGUGCAUGUGCAUAAAGUUCAAUUUCAGUUUUGACACUUCGUUGACGUGGCGUCCGAGUGACAGCUUUUGCGUAAAACCAACGAAAACUUGUUAAAAGUUUGACCCUAGCGUUAACUCAGUAGGAUAAAUAAAAUGUAUUAAUCAGUAAUCACCAAUGUAGAGAAAUGUAGCUGUACAGAUAACCUUACAUGGUCACUUUUAUCGAAGUUUUAUCACUUUUAAAGCCUUGAUGAAAGUGACCAUUAAGUUCAGUUGUGAUCGCUGACUUCUUUUAAGUUUAAAACUAAUUAUUUCGGCCACUAACAAGGUAAAUACAUUUAUGUUAAAAAGCACUAACUUGUCGAAAUAACGUAGGGUUUAGGCUAUGUCUGAAGAGUGUGCUGCGCUCGAGUUAGCAAAAAUAGGGACUUUUGUGAACUCAAUUUGAUCAAAUUUCCACAAUAUUUGCAAACUCAAAUAACGAAUGUAGCUAUGGCCGCCAGGCAGCGCCACUGUACACGCAGCCAAUGGGGUUGGCAACUGUCAAAGGUUUUAAUAGAUGGCGCCGGCAUAGGUUUUACCUGUCUCUAGUUUUGUUAUAAGAGAUUUGGCUUAAAGAGCAUCCAGGCCAUAAAAUUUCAAUAAAAAACGAGAUUUUGUCACUAUUUGUAAGACUUACAUGUAAAACCUAUGCUGGCGCCAUCUGUAAAAUACUUGGACCAGCCAACCCCAUUGCCACUAUACGGAAAGUUGUAAUAGUCCGGUCGAGUAUGAAACAGGUUCUUCCCGAUAUGCCUUCGUCGUUGUGAUAGCUAACUAUAAAGUAGCCUACUCUAAAGUAGGCUGGUGCCUUUGCACGAGCCUCACUUCACCGCCUCAGGGCUCACUAUAGUUGUGCCGUUCUCGAGAACAUUCUCUGUUUACUAUAGGCAACAGGGGAACAUUCCCCAUUCAAAACGGAGAACGGCACAACUAUACGGCUCACCCACAUGCAGCGGUCGAUGUAAUGUCACAAUCAA